UAUAAGAUGCUAAAAAACUAAUGUAAAGUAAUUUGAAAUGUUGGCUUUAGCUAACAAUUUAUAGAAACCAAUGUGAAUUUGUCGAAAUGUUUUGAGGGAGAAAAACAUAUUUUAUCAAACUGAUUUAAGAGGGUAAUUUUUAGAUUUCCUUUUUACUUUGGCCAAUAUUUUGGUCAGAAGUUCAUUUUGUAAAAAUUCUAUAUAAAAUUGAGGAUUUGAAAGAUUUAGUGAAAUAUAUUUGAUAGGAGAUCAAACCCCACAUAAUUGAAAUAAGAGAAAUUAAAAUUAUAAUAAGGUAGUUUGAUUUAGAAUGAAAUCCAUGCAAACAUUCAUUUGUGAUUAACAGAUAACAGCAAACAUAGAGAGUGAGAUGCUAGCAUUCGAGGAAUCUACUGAACUGAACAGACUAGAGAUUGAGGAGAGUGAAAAGAAAAUAGUGGAGUUCGAGGACCAAAUGCAGAAGGACCGAAACGAAGGGCUAUUCUUUAAGAACCUUGGACAGAAGGAUCUUGUUGAUAAAGCAAAACCCAAGGAGGAGGUGGAAAAGAUCAAAGAUGUGAACAUAGAAAACAGUGGCAUCCAAACUAUGAAAAAUGUUUAUCUUUUCUUCAUUGGCUUGCUGACUUUUGGAAUAGUUGAUUCUGUUGCCUCAUCCUCAGGUGCUGAUUGGAAAAGAGUUUCAGUUCUUGGAGGUAUUAUUGUGGUCUUGUUUUCUUUAUUCAUCAAUGAACAAAACAAGGACAGCAAGAAAGACUGAGAAAAAACUCAAAGUUCAUUUUCAUUUGAGGAAAAGAAGUUUAUGGGGGAUGACAUUGUGAAUUGGUAAUGCAUGCUUGAACUUGGACUGAUGCAUCAACCUGCUUUUUGGCUUCAACUUCAGCUGAGAUACUGCUGAUGUCAACACAGUAAUGUCCAGAAUUUGGUUAACUAAAUGUCAUGAGAUACUGCACAAAUGUAGAAUUACUUUAAAUCCUGUGUUGAUGCAGAAAAAUAUAUGUACAUAGCUUUUAGGAGCUUAUUCAUCUCUGACUGUUACAAAUUUUUAUUUAGAACCACAACGCGUUUCUAAGUCUGUCA